AUGACCAAAAAACCAGCUCUGAAUGUCUUGACUCGACUACCGGCUCAAGUCCACAUUCGCGCACAUCCUCCGCCGAGGAAUCUUGCCGAAAGCAAACAGAUCUUCGCCGCUCUGCAGCGCUAUGGCGAGAUUAUCAGCUUUCGGAACUUGAAGGUUGGAGGACCAAGUCCAUGCGCCAUCGCCCCUUAUGACAUUCUCAACGAUACCGAACGCGAACGUCCCCUCCUCGCAAUCUUCGACUCCAACGAGGCCGCCGAGCGUGCCAUCGCCGCAUCCCCAUUGACCGUCGACCUACCACCAAGAACAUCACCGACGUUUCCACGAAACCCCUACGCCACGAUACCAGGUCCACCCCGUUCCAAAGAAUCCUCCAAAGCGUCAUCCUCACCACCAUCUCCUUCAGUAUCAGCAUCAUCCCCAACCCCAACCUCAACUCAACCCGCACCGUCAAUAACAUGCACCAUCGAAACAUCCCGCCACAACUACGAGCGCGCCACCCGCCGCAACCCCUUCUACAGCAUGUUCAACAUUGACAAAUCCUCCCCGAUAUACAAGGACAUGCGCAGCGAAGAAACCGCGACCCCGCUGCCUGAGCUCGCUGAUGUCUUGCAGCGCACGAAGAAGCCUACUUUUGCGACGCAGCGGUAUGGGACGCGUGUGCAUGCGCAGCGCUUGGGGGCGGACUCGCUGAUGAAGUUGUGGAAGAAGGGUUUUGCGGAGCGGCAAGGGAAGGGGAAAGCGGAGAGGACUGCGAGAGUUGCGCAAAGUGAGAACAUUGGUGAUGAGGAUGGGGAUGGGGGGCAUAUGACCGAGUCUGGAGAGCCUGGGGCUCAGCUGGAUGGUUCUGUCACGAAGAAAUUUGAUACUCAUGAACGGUCAUGA